GGGCGCGUUUGAAAGGAGGGGGGGAAAAUGGCCGUUCGAGGCAACUCGCUGAUGCCUUUCUCCAUCCAGGCCAUCUUGAACAAGAAGGACGAGACCCGACACUUGCCAGAUGUGGACAUGUGCUUCUCCAAGACGGCGUGCUGGAAAAUAUUCGGGGGGAUGAACGCAGGAUCGGGGGGGAACAAUAAUAAUAAUAUUAACACUGAGGAGGAGGAGGAGGAAGAUGAGGGGGAGCCUUGUGAGCAGAAAAGCUACGACUCGGACUCGGGGCUCAGCGACGACACGGACAGGAAGACUCUGGCCGUGCGCAGCGAGGAGCAGGACGGAGAGCCGGGCUCGGAUGUCCCGGAGGAGAGCCUGCAGGAGGAGACGGACCACGAGUCUGCAGCUGCGGAAACCGCGAAGAGCGACACCGAACCCAGCAAUGGCACGGACAACCUGGACGGGAAGAGUCUGGAUCAGCCCAAACAGCGCAAAAAGCGCUCCAGAGCCGCUUUCUCCCACGCGCAGGUCUUCGAGCUGGAGCGCCGCUUCAACCACCAGCGGUACCUGUCCGGACCCGAGCGCGCGGACCUGGCGGCCUCCCUGAAGCUCACAGAGACUCAGGUCAAGAUCUGGUUCCAGAACCGUCGCUACAAGACGAAACGCAGGCAGAUGGCUGCCGACCUGAUGGCGUCCACCCCGGCGGCCAAGAAGGUGGCGGUAAAGGUUCUGGUCCGGGACGACCAGAGACAGUACAGCCCGGGAGAGAUCCUGCGGCCCCCGCUGCUCUCCUUGCAGCCCUCCUACUAUUACCCCUAUGCUUACUGCCUCCCCGCAUGGACACUGUGUGCGGGGAAUCAGUGA